CCCUUUUUCCGACUCGCUGCAGCAUGGCAUUGGCAUAAUUUGAUUGAAGAUUGAGUCAGCCGAGCCGAUUGAUUGUGAGCCGACACGUUGUGUCUUCUCUGAGAUCAGCAUAUUUAAAGGAAGAAUUUUUCAAAAUGAAGCUUGUUAGCCUCCAAAACGACCUGGGAGGGUUAAAAAUUGUCGUGGCUUCAAAUUAUGCUAACAGAGAGUUGGACAUCUCAUUUCAAUCUGAAACCAAAGGUCAAUCUAGAGUUCCAACUACCUUGAUUUUGGACUCCGGAGUGAAAAUCUGCUCUCCAAACGCGGCCACGACUUACAUCUUUGAGUCUUCCUCAGGGGGCGAGACGCCCUUACAUGUCCAGGAAUUUCUUGAAUGGGAAGCUACCCAAUUGAGUCCUUCUGUCCUUCUUCUGAUCUCUGCCGUGGCUGGUGGAAAAAAAGCUGAGAGCUCGGAGUUGAAAGAAUGCAUGAAAACCAUCACUGACUCAUUGAAUGGGCAAGAAUAUCUUUUUGAUGGCAAAAUUUCUCCUGCUGACGUGGCUGUGUGGUCCACCCUUUAUCCUGUGGUCACUGAAGCGAAGCUGUCAAAGCUGGUCACACCUGAAAUUGGAGCAUGGCACAAAAAAUUAGCCUCGACCGAUGCAUUUAAAAAUGCUGCCGAGAAACUGAAUUUCAAGGCUGGAAUCGAAAGCUGGGCACAAGGCAACUCCUCGAUCACCGCAGCUUUCAUGAAUAUUUCUCUUGGUGCUUCACAGGACAAAGCAAUUGCGUUAUCAGUCGCCAACCCAGUCCUCCCUGAGAAAGGAAAGAGGAAUGUUUUGAUCACUUCCGCCCUGCCUUAUGUGAACAAUGUGCCCCACCUGGGCAACAUCAUUGGUUGCGUCUUGUCUGCCGACGUUUUUGCCAGGUACUGCAGAGCCAGGGGUCACCCCACCCUGUACAUAUCGGGCACUGACGAGUAUGGAACUGCUACUGAAACCAAGGCCAUUGCUGAGGGUCUCACUCCUCAACAAAUCUGCGACAAGUACCACAAGCUUCACGCUCAAGUGUACAAGUGGUUCAAUAUUGAGUUUGAUCACUUCGGACGAACUUCCCACAAACAGCAUACUGAAAUUUGUCAGGACUUAUUUUUGAAACUUCACGCAAAAGGCCUGAUGUUGAUCGAAUCUGUGGAGCAAUUGCUGUGUGAGAAUUGCAACAGGUUCUUGGCAGACCGUUUUGUGGAAGGCAUUUGCCCUUUUUGUGCGUUCGAAGACGCCCGAGGUGACCAAUGUGACAAGUGUGGCAAAUUGAUCAAUGCCACUGAACUGUUGAAUCCUCGGUGCAAAUUGUGCCAGAAAAAGCCAGUUAUCAAAGAGUCCCAGCAUUUCUUCAUAGAUCUGCCAACAAUUGAGCCUAAAUUGCGUGAAUGGAUGGCCACAUCUUCACCUGGUUGGACGAGUAACGCAAGCACCAUUGCCCAUUCGUGGAUCAAAGACGGCCUCAAGCCCCGCUGCAUUACCCGUGACCUUAAGUGGGGUAUACCUGUUCCUCUUGAAGAGUUCAAGGACAAGGUCUUUUAUGUAUGGUUUGAUGCGCCUCUUGGCUACAUCAGCAUGACCAAAGCAUACACAGAUGAGUGGGAAAAGUGGUGGAAAAAUCCUGAAGAAGUGGAGUACUAUCAGUUCAUGGCAAAGGACAACGUCCCAUUCCACGCGGUCAUGUUUCCUUCUACGCAACUUGGAUCCGGCGAGAAUUUCACCAUUGUCAACCACAUCAUGGCCACAGAAUAUUUGAACUACGAGGAUGGAAAGUUUUCAAAAAGUCGAGGAGCUGGUGUCUUUGGUUCCGACGUUCAGGACAUUGGAAUUUCUGCUGACGUCUGGCGUUUCUAUCUUCUUUAUGUCCGCCCCGAAAGUCAAGAUUCAAGUUUCAGCUGGGUUGACCUGAUGACCAAAAACAACUCUGAGCUUCUCAACAAUCUCGGAAACUUCAUCAACAGGGCUCUCAUGUUUGUGGAGAAGAAUUUUGAAAGUAUCAUUACUAAGGUUGAGUUGAACGAUGAGGAUAAAGAACUUGUGAAAAAUAUCAAUUCCGAACUGAAGAGUUACAAUGAUGCAUUAGAGAAGGCAAAGCUUCGAGAUGGUCUUCGCUGCAUUUUGUCUAUUUCAAGAUUAGGAAAUCAGUACAUGCAAGUCACUCAGCCAUGGGUCCUGGUCAAGCAAUCUCCUGAAGACAGGAAGCGGGCUGGAUCGAUUUUGGGCCUGAGUGCUAAUAUCGUCUGCCUAAUUGCAGCUUUGCUUAGGCCCUACAUGCCAGCCACGGCAGAAAUAAUCUCCAAGCAACUCAUGGCUCCUGGAAAAACUGCUUUCAACAUCCCAGAAAUAUUCACCAUCACUCUGCCGGAAAACCAUACAAUUGGAAAGCCUGCUCCUUUGUUUACCAAAAUUGAUGCUGCCCAAGUGGAUCAGCUGAAAGUUAAAUUCGCAGGCAGUCAGGAGGACCAGGCAGCGUUCAAAAGUAAAGGCAAAGCACCAGCUUCUACAGCAGCAGCCUCAGGAAAUUUGGUGUCCUUGCAAAAGGAAGUUGAGGCUCAAGGCGAAAAAGUGCGGAAACUGAAGUCUGAGAAAAAAGACAAGAGUGUAUGGCAACCCGAAGUUGAAAUUCUACUUUCUUUAAAGAAGCAGUUGGCUGAAGCAGAGAAAGUUGCUGCCUCUCCGGUAGCCUCAGCAGCACCAGUUGCAGCUGCUGUUGAUAUUGGCGCUUUGGAAUCUGCAGUUGCUGCCCAGGGGGAAAAAGUGCGAAAAUUGAAGUCUGAGACAAAAGACAAGAGUGUUUGGCAACCUGAAGUUGAAAUUCUCUUGUCCCUUAAAAAGCAGUUGACCGAAGCUGGAAAAGCCAGUGCCUCCUCCGCAGCACCAGCAACUGGUGGCGUCGACAUUGGUGCUUUGGAAGCUGCCGUUGCUGCUCAGGGCGAGAAAGUAAGGCAGCUGAAGGCUGAGAGCAAGGAUAAGACAGUUUGGCAACCCGAGGUCGAAACUCUUCUCAAGCUGAAGAAGCAAUUGGCCGAAGUGCAAGGAGUUGCAGCUUCUCAGCCAAGUAAAAAGGGAGGCAAGUCGGAUAAGAAGAAGAAAUGACAUAGGAAGAAAAAAUAAAUAAACUACUUCAUGGACUACUUGAUUCUAUAAUUAUUCACUUAAUUGAACGCAAAACAUGAAGUUGAGUAAUAAGUCAGAAGUGGAGGCCUCCCAGGGCAGAUUUAACACUAGACAGAAACACUUUGCUCUCGGAAUGACCAGAAGUGCUGAAUUGCUGCACCGACAGCAUAUAGUUGUCGAUUGUGUGCAAGUUGGGAGGUUCUCCAGACCCUGAAAUUAUAAUAAAUGAAUUUGUGAGAUUGAAAAUUUGAAUAUUGAUGAAUCCUAACCUGGCAGUGGCAAAUGUGCCAAGCUAGUGACCAGGUUGUUGCGCAAGUGCUCCAGGUGCUGUUUCAGAGCAGCGUUGUUUGUUAUCUGCUGCAUAACUUCGGCUUCCAGUUUCUCCACAGCCGACUGCAUGUUGGCCAGGUGGGUUUGGAGAAUUGAGUUUUGCUGCUCGUAGUCAAUGGUUGAUU